AUGGGAGAUGCCUACGAUCCUGCGUCCCGAGAGGCCGAAGCACGCGAGCUGACGGUGCUGAUUGACAAGGUCGACACCGCUGCUCUUGCAGCCCGAGCCAGCUUCUUGCGGCAAGGUACGCCUUGCCAUAUUGACCCGCUGCGUUACGACAGAGCCACGCGGAGUUCCGUGAUGGGCGGCAUGAACUACCACGUCGAGAUCUGUUUCGACGACGGCGUCCAAUGGAUCGCCCGCAUCCGCCGGUUCAACGCCACAUCUCCGCCGGCUCAGCUCCGAGAUUACAUCAUCCGGAGUGAGGCGGCGACCCUCGGGUUUCUUGAGAAGACGGGCGUGCCCGCUCCCAGGCUGUACGAUUUCGCGUUGGAGCACGCCGACAACCCCGUCGGGGUCGGCUACAUCCUGAUGGAGAAGUUGCCGGGGAGGUCUCUCCGAUGGUCCACCGCGACCCAGGAACAACGGAACACCGACAUGAGCCAGCUCGCCGAUACGUUUAUCGAGCUUCACAAGUAUCCGUUCGACGUCCUCGGCUCUCUCGACCGGCCGGGCGAGUCUCAUGUCGGGGCGCUUGCUCGAGAAUCGCUCACCGACUUUGCACGGUCCGAGAUGCGGACCAUCGGGCCAUUCUCCUCUGUGGAGGAAUACCACAGAUCGUCGCUUCAGCUCGUCUUGGACUUGAUUCUUCGCGGCGAGAUGUACUCCAAUCUAGCCGUGGACGCCUACCUGAUCCACCGGUUCCUCAUCGACUUGAUACCCUCCGUGCUGCCAGGGCCAGAGCCAGAUAACCAAAAGUUCUUCUAUCUAAAGCACGCCGACGACAAGGGGGACCAUAUCCUGGUGGAUGACGAUUUCAACAUUACGGGGAUUAUCGACUGGGAAUGGGCCCAUACCGCGCCGCCAGUUGUCGCGUUCAACUCCCCCAUCGGCUUCCUACCGGUCGCCGACUUCUAUAACGGUUCGAACGACCUGGGUGACGACGAAGUUACCUUUGCACGCCUGCUCGAGGAAAAGGGCCGCCGGGAUCUGGGCUGGUUUGUUCGGCGCGGCCGGUUGCAGCACAGGUUCGCUUUCUGCUGCGGGUACGACCUCGCGGCGGACUGGAGCGGGUUCCAGGGCCUGUUUCGGGGGCUCCGGGACGCCGCCAAAGUGGACGAGGGCCUGGGCUGGGAGGACUGGAAAGCUGUGGCGAUGCGGCGUUAUGAGGAGGAGGCCGGGCUGCAGCAGCUGUUGUCCAUGCAGAGGAAAGCCUUUUGCUCACAGAGCUAA